ACUCUUCACUCGGUGGUCGACUUAACCUAACCCCCAACGUCGUCGUUUCAUCCUCGUUAUUAUCAUUGUCUCGAGAAACCACCGUAUCAAUGUCGGCCAUCGCCGGCGGAAGCCGCAGCCGGAAUCGGCAUCUCGGCGAGAACCGUUUCUACAGUCCGCCAGCGUUGCGGAAACAAAGAGAAAAACAGGAGCAGCAGCAGCAGCGGUCUUCGCUGUCGAGAACUUCAUCGGAGAACAGGCCUGGUUCCUCUUCCGAUUGUUCGAUUUCUUCGCGUGCCACAUCUGACAUGUCCAAUUUGGAUCGAUUAUUGGAGUACAUCACGCCCCAAGUUACGGCCCAAUAUUUACCGAAGACAAGCUCGAGGAGAUGGAAAACGAGGGAGGCGGAAUUACAUCCAUACUAUGUGCUUGGGGACUUGUGGGAAUCUUUCAAGGAAUGGAGUGCAUAUGGGGCAGGUGUUCCUCUCGUGUUGAAUGGGAAUGAAUCUGUCACACAGUAUUACAAUGUCUCCUUGUCUGCCAUUCAGCUGUAUAUCGAUCCGUCAAAACCUUCCACACGUUUAAGGAAACCCAGUCAAGAAAGUGAUUCUGAAUCAGCUAGAGAGACAAGCAGUGAUAGUAGCAGUGGCUAUUGUCAUGAAAGAGGAGCAAAGAGUGUUCAUGGCAGUAGGAAUCAUCCUAACGUUUUGGAUGCUAGCAAUCAUACUUUGGAAAGGGUUUCACUAAGUAAACCUUUCCUGGGUUCAUCAAGUGAUGAGAUUGAUAGCUGCAACCCACCUGGUCAGCUUAUAUUUGAAUACUUUGAGCAUGAGACACCUUAUAAUCGUGAGCCAUUAGCAGAUAAGAUUUCUGAUCUUGCACGUCAAUUUCCAGAGUUGAAGACAUACUGGAGCUGUGAUCUUUCACCUGCAAGUUGGGUUUCAUUGGCUUGGUAUCCAAUAUAUAGAAUACCUACAGGUCCAACACUACAGAGCCUGAGUGCUUGUUUCCUGACCUUCCAUUCCCUAUCAACAGCUUUGCAAAGUUCAAAUACUGACGGGCUACAUAUUAAUUAUUCGAGAGGUAGGGACAUGUCAUCCAAGCUAUCAUUGCCAAUCUUUGGGCUUGCCUUUCACAAGUUCAAAGUUUCUGUCUGGGAUCCUGAUGGGGUUUCUGAAUGUCAGAAAGCCAAUUCUCUGUUGCAAGCUGCUGAAAACUGGCUUAGGCGAUUGCGAGUUAAUCAUCCUGAUUACAGUUACUUUAUAUCCCAUCAAACACAUUUGAGAUGAGCAGAGGUUUCUCUAAACAGAAGCAGCCCGACUCCCAAAUACCAGCUUAUGUAGUCCCUGCUCAGUAUACUUGUGUUGUCCAUUAAAUGAACAGUUAUUUUUCCAUGUGAUCAUACAUAAACGCCAGGAUCACUUGUGUUUUCCUAAAAUAGAACGGCAGGGUUGCUGCUUCAGUAAGGGAUUCAGGGGAAGAGUAGGUAUUGAAAAUUAUAAACGUUUCAUAUUAAAAGGGCCUGCUUCUGAUUUCACAGGAUGCAAAUGCCUUUAACGAAGAGUUUCUGCUUCUUUUAUGUCACUUACCUGAUGAUGGCGAAAAGAUCCAAUUGAUACGUAUUUUACCUUUUACUUCUUGUCCAGUACAGCCGAUUCUGACAUAUUUAUGCUCAGUAUAUACAUCCUUAUGGCGAGAUGUAAGUAUACUGCAGGAUUUACUACCACUUACUACCUGA